AUGGUCGUCAAGGGCCAAGAAAAAUCCCAACUUGUCAGGCACCUGAAAGAAGUCUUCAACAUACUAAGAAUAUACCGCAUGCGGCUUAACCUGAAGAAGUGCGCGUUCAGUGUUUCGUCAAUGCAAUUCUUGGGGCAAAUAGUGAACAAGCGAGGCAUCAAGCCUAACCUAUCGAAGGUGGAGGCGCUGCGGAAUAUGCUUGAUCCAAGAACACCUAGAGAUGUGCAGGAAGUGGUCAAUACGUACCAUGCCCCAGCCUUUCACCACCUCGGCGAAAGCCCUUUUUCCUUGACUUAUGGAACUGAAAACGUCAUCCCCACAGAAAUUAAACUACCCACAUUCAGGACAUUAGUGGUAGAGAGCAAUGAUAAUGAGCAACAACUAGCUCACAACCUUGACGUGCUUGAAGAACAGUGA